UCGAUUUCUUUUCUUCUCGCUUCGAUGAAAAAAUUAUUUUUUCCCUAAAAAAUAAAAAUAAAAUAAAUAAAAAGUAUCAAAAAAUCAAAUAAAAAAGAGUCGUGUGCCGCUGAAAAAAUAAUUUAAACCAAAAAAUCACAAAUUAUGGGAAUUUAUUCAUAAAAAAAACACGAAAAUCGGUGAAGAAUCGACUUAUGCUAAUAAGUUUCUUGCACGAAUCGUGUCGAGAAUAAGAUGAUCUGAUAAAAAAAGGGAAACAAAAUUAUUCAGCAAAAAAAGAACAAGAUUUAAAUAAAUUAAAAAUUAUGUAAUGACACGUAAAAUUUAUUGAUAUUCGCAAAAAGUGAUAUAUUUCACACUUUUAUUAAACAAAAAAAAACCACUUAAGUUACAAGUGUUGUCUGUUGUCAAGACUUGAAGAAAGAGUUGAAGUUGUGACCCUCACUCAUUAAAAUGGAAAGUAAUUUUUGAUCAAAAAUGAUUUUUAUCAAUUAAAAUUGCGUUUUUGAAAUAAAAUAAAAUAAAUAAUUAAAAAGUUCAAAAAAUUAAUUGGUGAAUUUAUAUUUGUGAGAACGGAAAAAAACUUAUCACUGCAGCAAAAUAAAAAAAAAUAAACAAAUAAAAUAUAAAACAAUAAACAAAGUAGUCUGUAGUAAAAAAUAAAAGAACGUUUAAAAAUAAAUAAAGACGUGCAGUGAAGUGAUAAGAAAGUAAUAAAAUUUAAUCUUUUUACAAAAUAUAAUAAAUCAUCAGAUAAACCAGACAAAAUGCCUUCGGCGACACACUUGACCGUGCCAUCCGUUGAUCAAAAUGGACACGUGUUACCGCACAGUCCGAGCAGCGUCUCAUUACAAUCGCAAAUCAGCGUAAGCAGCUGCAAUGGAGGCAUGCAAACGCCCACACUGAACGGCAAGAAGCCCGUGAUUUCGCGAUACCGGCAAUAUGCGCCGCAAAUUUUGGCAGUUAGUGUGAAAAAUGUCUUGUUGCUGGCGUAUGGCAUGACGUUGGGCAUUGCGACAAUUGUGAUACCGGCAGUUAGUGAUCCCGAAUCGGAAGAGGAGUUGUAUUUGACGAAGAAUCAAACGUCGUGGUUUAGCUCAAUAAAUUUAAUUUUCGUUCCUUUUGGUUGCAUCGUGUCAGGAGCCUUUACACAAGCGCUUGGAAGAAGAAGAGCAAUGCAAAUUAUAACGUUCCCGAUUUUUGUCUCGUGGAUGCUGUUCUACUUCGCACAAAGCGUUUGGUAUUUGUAUGCAGCACUUAUUCUUUCGGGAUUCAGCGGAGGACUUAUGGAAGCACCGGUUUUAACGUACGUAGCUGAAGUAACUCAACCAGCAAUUCGAGGUUCGUUGUCUGGCACAGGAACUCUUUGCAUCAUCAUCGGCGUCACUCUUCAAUUUCUGUUCGGAACAUUUUGGCAUUGGAGAUUAGUGUCGUUGUACAGCAGUGUCGUCCCAAUAUUUUCCUUAUUCUUGCUUUUCUUCAUUCCUGAGUCACCCUACUGGCUGAUAUCGAAGAAGCAGUACAAACAAGCGGAAGAAAGUCUUGCUUGGUUACGUGGAUGGGUCACAAUUGAUCGGAUUCAACGCGAAUACAAACAAAUCCGAGAUCGAGUCUCGACCGUUACUCUUGAAAAUCCCACCGGAUAUUUGUCGCGGCGUGAAAAACUGCAACAAUUCAACGAUCGCAGCUUUGUCAUUCCCUUCAUACUUGUCAGUCUUGCCUUUUUCAUAGGACACUUUUCGGGAAUGACAACUUUGCAAACUUACGCUGUUGGAAUAUUCAAAACUCUGAAAGCUCCAAUGGAUGAAUAUCAAGCGACAUUGUUGUUGGGCGUCGUUGAAGUCACAGGAGGAGCAAUUUGCAUUUGUGUCAUUCAUUAUACGGGAAAACGACCUCUUGCAUUGAUUUCUACCAUCGGAUGCGGAAUUUGUUUCCUCGGAACAGCAACGUAUGCCAGUUUUUUGGGCGAAAUCAGGAGUUUAAGCGUAUCGAAUGUCGUUACAAACGUCAGUAACCUCAAUUUUGACCCGAAUUUUUUGAGUGUUGCGCCCUUGAGUAAUCAUUCAUUGGCGAAUGACUUGUUGGGACAUCACGAAACAGCAGCUUGGCUUGCUAAUGACUACAUCGAAGAUGUUCCUGACAUGAAUGACACUUUGUACGAUUCUUUUAUGAAUGAAACGCAUUUAAUUGAGUCGCUUGUGACAGUACCAACCAUGAAAGUUAAUGAAAGUUCAAUUAUUGAAGAGGAACUCAACGGGAUUUUGAAUCUUUUGACGGAGCCAAAGACAGAAGAGAACAAAUACGCGUGGAUUCCAUUGACUCUUCUCUUGGGAAGUGCCUUGUUAUCGCAUUCGGGCAUCAGAUUACUGCCUUGGAUCUUGAUUGGAGAAGUUUUUCCGCCACGCGUUCGUGCAACAGGAGCUGGAUUAGCAUCAGGCAUGGGAUAUUUCUUCGGUUUCUUAGCCAACAAGGUCUUUUACAACAUGAUUUCAACGAUGACCCUUUCCGGGACAUUUUGGUUCUAUUCAGGAAUUUCAUUAUUAGGCGCGAUGAUCCUCUUUUGGAUCUUACCUGAAACCGAGGGACGAACAUUACUCGAGAUCGAAGAUCAUUUCCGCGGAAAACAACGUUUAAACACGAAAAAUGCGAAUAUCACACCGAAAAAAAUGAGUACUGUGAGUCGAACGUUCCAGCUGGAUGUCAAACAAUGGGAUGCCAAUCGCGAAUUUGAGAAAAAUCUGCAGCAGCACAACUUUAAUCCACGCGCAGUACUAAAUUCGGCGCACAAACGAGGCGAUAUUGUGGUUAGUGUUCCAUCGGGAACAGCAAUGGGCGUUAAGAAGACACGAACAAACCAUGCAAAACCGAUCAAAGAGGAAGAUGUUGAACAAGGAUUGCCUAAUUUGGGCUUUGAAGCGGAAACGACGAAAGAAAAGAAAGAAACAACGCAUUUGUGAUAGAUUAAAAUUAAAAAAAAAUCGAAGUUAAGAACUUAUGUUAAGUCAAGUCAUCGUCGCAUUUUUACACAAAACACGAAAAAAAAUUAUUUAGAGUUUUUAAUAAAUUGUAAUC